AUGAAAAAUGACAGAGGAACGUGCAGUUUUUCAUACGCUUUGUUAGUUGAACCUCAUGCUUCUCAUAUAAUUGAUUAUGCUACAAUUCUUGGUUUUACCUCAACAUGUUUUGGUGUGCACUUUUACGAGUCGUGUCCAUUGCGACAAGUACUUGACAAGCAAAGAAAAGUUGAGGCAAAUAAAGUGGAAAUGAUUUUAUCAGUUUUCAAUUUUGUUAAUUUUUACACAACAGACUUGCUUUCUGCUUUCGUCAGAAUAGAUUAA